AUGGACUCGCUCCAUUUCAAAGUCGAGCAACUUAAAUCCUUAUGGGCCGAGUACAGGCUGACUAACCAAGGUUUUGGUACAGAUUACGGUGAUCAGUCAGAGUGGGCACGAAAAAAACUAAAUACCAUUCUAACAGAGUUCGACAAACUCAUCCAAGAACAAAUAAUCUGGAAGUUAGCAGUUGCUUCCGAAAUCGAAGACUUAUUUGCUGAAAUAGAGGAGCAAUGUCGAUUAUUUGGACGACAAAUAGAUAAUGUUCUAGAGGACCUGACCGGUCCUGUUCUACCAACUAAUAAUGUAACACGCGAUUAUUUAAAGAAUAUUCGCGAUAGUUUACACGAAGAGAUCACAACUACGCGCAAAAAUAUAAAUAUAUGGCUUGAUGGCGUCACGCUAUUCGCCAAAGAAUUAAAAACUAAUGAUAUCGUGCCACCAAAAGAAAUAUUCGAGAAUGACCUGAGUGCUUCGGUCGUUCAACCUAUUUGGUAUAAAUACGAUUAUUUACAUCAGAUAGUGACUGUACGACGGGAUUCAUUUGAAGAUAGUUCAUCACAACUACACUUUUACUUUGACAAAUUAAAACUUGAACCUGCUGAUGACACAGAAAAGGCAUUACUUCAAUUAUUCUUGGAUAAAGCAACUCCCAACGAUAUAGCCGAUAUACUCUCCCAAAUACAAAACUAUUAUCAUCUAAAAAAUAAUUCUGUUGAUACUGAUAAUGACAACAGCGACGGCGAUGAAAAUGCACGAUUUGAGAGAUCGCUAUCACCGUCUCGUGAUUACAUGUAUUAUAGUCCGGAAUUACCGGAUGGAUUAAGUUUAACAGAAGAACAACUGACGUCUCUGAAGCAGAAAUUAGUGGGUUUUGAAAAGGAAUAUAUUGAACGAAAACAACGACGCGAUAAGAUCGAAAAGGAGGUUAAGAGUCUCUGGGAAGAAUUGAAAAUGCCUGAAAACGAGAGAAAAGUCACGCUGAAGGAUACUCUCGAGGAAAAAUACUUGAAUCAGCUAUCAGAAGAACAAGAGCGGCUUCGUGAGAUUAUGCGCGAAAUCAUUCAGAAAGCCAUUGACGAGUACACCUUGCAAUUGGGUGAACUCUGGGACAAAUGUCUCGUUCCGCAAAAUGAACGGGACGAAUUCUUUGCCGCUCUUCGAGAAAUCGUAUCAGCCGAAGAAGUGUACGAACGUCUAGCUCAAGAGGUCGCUCGUCUCCAAGAAUUAUAUCUCAAAUGUGCAACUAUAUAUCGAUUAAUGUUGGAACGUCGUGCAUUGAUCGAGAAAAUGAUAGAAUUCGAGAAAAAAGCCUCAGAUCCAAAUCGAUUAUUCCAAAGUUCUUUCCGAUUACUGGAAGAAGAAAAAUGGCGAAAGACAUGUUGGCCCAAUUUGGUUAAAAUUGAAGAUAGUUUGAUCAAAGCUUGUCUCGAAUAUGAAGAAAAUGAGCGAAAACCUUUUAUGCACGAAAGUGUACGCUUUCUCGACACAUUGCAAAGUGAAAUCGGUGAGCGUAUCGUAAAUCAAAUGUUCUUUGGCUUUGAACAAAAUGCAAAUAAGACCACAAAGUCGGAAACACCGACAAGAUCUUCAAGAAGAGAUAGUGUAGCUUCUUCACGACCAGGAUCACCAACAUCUCGAUCAUCAAAAGCACCAAGUCGACGAACAAGUAUGUAUUUCAAUAACAAUGGAAGUACAACGAGUCGACCAGCAAGUCGAGCUGUUUCACCCAAUCGACGCCCAAAUACCCUUGAUGUAAGUCGACCAACAAGUCGACCGGCUAGUCGGCAAGUUUCGCCUACACGACUUGCUAAUCGCCGGUCUACUGUACUGUUGGGUGUGGAAGCUACAUCUAGAAGUCGACCUGUUAGUCGAGCGGUUUCACCAUCACCAAAUAGUAAAGCACCGAGUCGAAGAUCAAGUGUUUAUUUCGAUAAAUCUAAUGGUAACCUGUCUGUCUCUUCAACGUCAUUAUCACGCGCAGCAUCACCUAACAGAAUAAAGCGACGCAGCAGUUUAUAUCUUGACAGUAAUGCAGAAACAUCCGAGAAACCAGCUCAUUCACGAAAAUCUUCUGCAGAAACGACGGCGUCAUUGAAUACCGAAUCACCAUUAACAUCAACAAAGAGAAGUAAUAGUUUAUCGAGCAAUUCGAGUUCUUCAUCUGUAUCUUCUGUUGCGACUCCUUCAACACCUGAACCACAUGUUGUAAAUGGAAGAUUAGCUGUCUCACCAUCACCACAGUCAAAAAGUAAAUUAUCAAACAGCAAAUCGAAAGAUUCAUCAUCAACUUCUAAAGAUAACGAAGUUGCUGAUAGUGAAGCUAAUAAAUCAAAUACAAGGAUUACACGUGGAAUUCCACGUCCUUCAGCUCCAAAUAGAACUCAAACUACUCCAGUUAAAGUAACACCUCCACCGCGUAAUCCUGCACGAAGUGCAACUGUUAAUCUAGGUCAUGAUUUAUCGGAAACAAACGCAACUCUAAGGAAGAGACCAUCAAUAAAUGGUCUUCGUCCUAGACCAUUGAGUAUCGCAUCAACCACCACUUCAUCAAAGAAAAUACCAGUCAGUAAUAAGAGAAUGUCUGUUAUACUCGAUGGUGGAAGAUAG